AUGGAAAUUCCACUUGAGGUUAAUAAGCUUCUAAUCAUCCUACCGGCGGCCAUCUUUGGUCUACUUGCUUCAGUCAGCACCGGCGAAAACGUACUGUACACAGACAAAAGUCUUAAUUCUGGUGAGUCGUUCAACAAUGGAAACUAUAGAUUGACCAUGCAGAGCGACUGCAAUCUGGUCUUAUAUGACAGUGACAAUAAAGUCUGGGAAUCCUUCACAUAUGGGAAGGGCUCCGGCUGCUAUACCACAAUGCAGGGUGACGGCAAUCUUGUAAUCUACAGUACAAGUGGACCAGUUUGGUCAAGCGGUACGGCUAAAGGAGAAGGAUACUAUGUAUGCGUUCUGCAACGUGAUCGCAAUGUUGUUGUCUAUGGUCCUUCAUUGUGGUCGUCUGGUACUAAUACCUUCAGAGCCUGUGUUGGGACUAAUACAUUCGGAGCCACUGUUGUCAUAGACAGCAAGCUUGCAGGUGGCAUGAAUAAGACCCAGGCCUCCGGAGGGGCGACUUCUCAUGCCGGAAUACGUGGGAGGAAGAUCGCUAUGCCGACCAAGAUGUGA